AUGAUGAUAUCUGAUCUUCCAAGUGAAUUGGUGGAGGAGAUUAUAUCUAGGGUUCCGAUGAAACUUAUGGGAAUGGUUCGAUCAACUUGUAAAAAGUGGAACUCUUUAUCUAAAGAUCAAAGCUUUGUAAAAAAGCACAUUGGAAAAGUAGCAGCAUCAACAAGGGAAAGGGAGUUUCUGAUUAUCACGGGUGGUCAUGGGCUUGAGUUGAUUAGCUAUAAUCUCAACAAAACCAACAACAACGACAAUGAUCUGUCGAUGAACCGUAAAGGUACACUUAUUGGCCGAGAAUGUACAGAUCCAUUACUCUUGACAUAUCAAGUCUUUCACUGCAACGGCGUCUUGUUAUGUGUAUUGGGUAACAUGAAUACUAGGCUUGUGGUUUGGAACCCGUAUUGGGGGAAUACAAGAUGGAUCGAUGAACGAAAAGAUGACUCGGGAUUAGUGAAAAGGUUUGCUUUCGGAUACGACAAAUCCUGCGGUAGCCACAAAAUCUUGAAGUGGUUCGAUCAUCACCUCGAAAUCUUUAACUUAAGAUAUAAUUCAUGGAAGGUUCAUAAUGUCACUCUUGACCUGGAUAUAAAUAUAGGAUAUCGUCGACAAGGCGUGUCGUUGAAAGGAAAUACUUACUGGCAUGCUAGAAGUUAUGAAUCAAGAAAUGCUUUUAUAAUGUGUUUUGAUUUUACAAGAGAGAGAUUUGGACCGCGUCUGCCUUUACCAUUUGGCGAUAACUAUGAAUGCGAUGUGUAUCUAUCUGCGGUUAGAGAAGAGAAGCUUGCGAUGUUAAUACGACCGUGGGGUACGAAGGAAAUGGAGGUUUGGAUUACGGAUAAGAUUGAGCCUGAUGCAGUCACGUGGACCAACUUCUUUAAAGUUUAUACCAAGCCACAAGUUGAUAUCACGCCACAACCUUACAUGUUCAAGUUUAUAAGUUUCUUCAUUGAGGAGGAGAAGAAAAUCGCAGUGGUUUUUUUUGAAAACUGUACCUCUCAAAUUUGCACCACAGCUUACAUCAUUGGAGAGAAUGGCUAUUGCAAAAGAGUGGAUCUCAGAAAAUCUCCAAACAUACAACUUCUCCAGUUUGUGUGCUCUUAUGUUCCAACUUCUGUGCAAAUCUAA